AUGAUUCAUUUAAAAAUCCAAUUCAAAACUGAAUUCGGUUAGGCUGUGUAUAUUUCUGGGAAUUCAAAGUAUUUGGGGUAAUGGAAUCCUAAAUAAGCAAUCCGAAUGAAUUGGACAUAAGUAAUUAUUAUUUCAAUCUUUAGAAUGAUAUUUGGGAAGUGGAGAUAGCCUACCAUGAAAUUGAGUAUAAAUAUUUCAUCUCUCAAUAUGAGAGUAUUUAAACUGUUUUGUGGGAAUCUGGACCCAAUAGAGUAACUACUAAACAUACAAUUGAUGUGUGGAACUACAGAAAGGUUUGCUUUUAGUGUUUAAAUCCAUCAAAUUGUUUGAUCUAUAUUUCUGGAUCCCCUGAAACCCUGGGCAAAUUUAAAAAAAGAAUUAGAAUGAAAAAUAAAGAUGGAAUUUCGUAAUACACUUGUCUCUUAGAUAUUACUGAUCCUUUGAUACAGUAUUAAUAUCACUUCUUGACCAAAAAUGAAUUUUCAAGUCCUGUGUAAAAACUGGAUUUAGAAUCUGAAUGUAAACAGUAUUGUUAAUUAUUUUUAGAAUCAUAUUAUAAAGAUGCUUUACUAGUCUAUUCAGAUAAUCUAACAAAAGUAAAAUAAAUGAUAUUCUAACUUAAUAAAAAUAUUUGUUAUGGAUAUGUUCCAUAAUCAAAGGAGGAUUAUAGAAUUUUGAAGAAGUUUAAUUUGAAAACAAUAGUAGAAUUUUGUAAUACUUAAGAAAAGAGCUUGUUAGAACACUAACUUCAAAAGGAUGAUUGUCAACACAUGAUAGUCAACCUUUAUCACUUUAAAUAGGAGAAUUUCACUCAAAGAUUACUUCAACUCAUUCAAAUUUUUAUUCAAAAAUAUUAGGUACUCAUAUUAAUGUAUUCAUAGUUAAUUUACAUAUGCAAUAACUCACUCUCUCAUCUUAGAAAGUAUCUACAAGUCUAUGAAAAACUCUCAAAAUGA